UAUAAAACGAAUGUCCCGAAGCGACGGUACGACCAGUGUGCGCUCGACGGUCAAUCUCGGUAGGUGUAGCAGUUACGGUUCUACAAAAGUUCGUAAAAUGAGGUCUCCAGCAGGAGUUCAGUUCGGGCCAGUGUUGGUGACAGUUUUUCUAACCCUAAUUGGAUGUAUCGCAGUGAAUGCCACAGCUCGACGCCAUUCGUACCAUGGCUACAAGCUCUACUCCGUGGAACAGAACAAUCAGCAGCAGGUGGAUCUCCUGCGUGAUCUUCAACAAUCCGCCGAUGAUCUUGACUUCUGGAAGCUUGAUCGGUUGGUAGGUUCGGAAGCCCGUGUUCUGGUACCGCCAUCACAGCAGCAAUCGUUCCAGCUACUGCUCGACACGCAACACUUACGCCAUCGAGAAAUUAUACCCGAUUUCGAAAGGGUACAAGAUGAGCAUCUGUACAGCACCAAAAGAAUUUCCCCGUCGAAGAGUCUUCCGCUCAACAAAUAUCUUCGGUAUAAUGAAAUGGUUGACUACAUCAAUGCCCUCGCAAGGAAAUAUUCCGAGGUGAUGACUGUGUCUGAGAUUGGAAAAUCACACGAAGGUCGUUCGAUUCCUUCCGUUACCAUUCGUUCCCCGAGUAGCUACGCGAGCGUGAGAGAUCGCAACAGUUCUCAGCCAGUGAUCUUUGUCGAUGCCGGUAUUCAUGCACGUGAAUGGGCCGCGCCAGCUACGGCUAUGUAUAUGAUCAGUGAGCUGGUGGAAAAUGCCGCUCAAAACAAGGAUCUACUCGCAGGUCUAACGUGGAUCAUUGUCCCAAUCGUCAACCCCGACGGAUACGAGUACAGUCACGAACGGGAGCGACUUUGGCGCAAAACACGCCGACCGGCUGGACGUAACUGUUACGGCAUCGACGGUAACCGUAACUACGAUUUCCACUGGGCCGAAAUUGGUGCCUCCGAUGCACCGUGUGCCGAAACGUACCACGGCGAACGUUCGUUCUCCGAGCCGGAAACACGUGCCAUCCGGGAUGAGCUUCUGCGACUGAAGGGUCGCUGCAAGUUCUACCUAUCGCUACACACGUACGGUGAAUAUCUGCUGUAUCCUUGGGGAUGGACAUCGGCACUACCGGUGGGAUGGGAAAAAAUUGACGAAGUAGCACAGGCAGGUAAGCGCGCUAUUCAGCAUGCCACCGGUACGUCCUAUACGGUCGGUAGCUCCACCAAUGUGCUGUACGCGGCGGCAGGUGGAAGUGAUGAUUAUGCGUUCGCCGUCGCUGACGUACCGAUAUCGAUCACGAUGGAAUUACCGGGCGGUGGUUCGGCUGGCUUCAAUCCACCACCGUCCCGCAUUGAGGAGAUCGUGAAGGAAUCGUUCGUGGGCAUUCGGGCAAUGGCGUUGGAGGUGGCAAAAAACUACUCUAACUGAAGUCAUACACGUUGCGGUACAAAGCAACAGCUGUAAAACGGGAGUCGCGUAAUGAUGUAGCAAUGUGUAGUAGUUUGUAGCUUUAUUAUUUAUCUGCUUCAAAAUGAACAAGAAUACCGAUGGUUUGUGUCUCAGUUCGCGGUAUAAUAAAAUGAUUAGUCAGUAAACUGGUAAA